AUCCUUGAGUGUGAUCCUAACAAACAUCACCAUAAGUUUCACGGAUUAAGGUUUCCUUCUGUACUAACACCUGACCAACCACCCGAACGGUUAAUUAUCUGAUUAAGUGGUGGAAAUUAAAACAAAAAUAUAGUCAGGAUAUGGCAACUUGACAAGAGUGGAGGACCAAUAGGGUGCCUUAACUACCCCGCUUCAAAACAAAACAGCUGACGGUUCCUCCCGCUGGUGUCUCUGCUUCUACUCGUAUUUUUCACCGUCUCAUGUUCUGGAUUUCCUCAUAUCUACCAUGAAAAUAUUGGAGAUAAUCUUAUUGUUAUUUUUUGUUAACUUGUGCCAUGGAGGGUUGUUCACUUGGUUAUUUAAAGCUAAAACGAAGGAGAAACAGCCCAUUGUCAUCAGCUCAGACACUGCCUUUGGGAAUACAAAUGAAGAUGCAGGUGUUGUGACAGAAGUUGUUUUAGCUGCUAAAAUACCAUUUGAAAUAAAGUCUUCAGAUGAGAAGUUCUUAAUGGAAGCUGCAGCAUAUACCUCCUUGAAGCUGUCUGAGUUAGAUGUUUGUCAUCAUAAGGUUAUCUUGGGACUACAGACAUCAUGUGCAGAACUGACUGAAGAAGACUUAUCCAAAGUAGCUGUCAACCUUCUGAACUGUCAAUCAGUGGCAGAGGGGCGACCAAUUUAUCCCUGCACUAGUGACAUGACAAUUUCAGAUUGUACAAAAGACAUGGAUCCAAACACCUGGAAUGCUUAUCAUAUUGUAUCUAAUCGUGCAAGAGCAGUUUGUUAUGCUUCCCGUCAAGAACAGUUUGGAGCCAAGACCCAGAUGGCAGUCAACAUGUUAAUGCAUACAGCUGAAGAACAAAUAAAGUCAAUGGAUGACCUGCAGGAAAGUCAAGAAGCCCUUGGAAUAGCAACCUCAAAGACAUUUGACUCACUGAGUGAUGGACAUAAACACCUUCAACAACAGCAGCAACAGCUUUCAACAGCACACCAUGCAAUUCACAGCUUUGUUUCCUCAAAUCUGCGUGAACUGUCUAGAGAGAAGAAACUGAUUGCAUCAGGACAAAGGGAACUUGCGCUCAUCACAGAAACAAUUAAACGAAAGUUAGAUGAAGCACAUCAGCAGUUGAUGAUACAGGAGAACAGCCAGAAAGAUGCACAUAGCACUAUUCUUGAAGAUCUCUCCAAGAUACAGGAUAAUGCACUCGAGGUCUGGCAGAAAUUAGAUACCAGUACUCAAAAAAUCCUGUCAGCUCAUGAGGAAACUGUUCAUCAGUAUGGGCGACUGACGGAUGAUUUGCAGCGGAUGAACGCGACGGUGCAUCAUUUGAUGGACGUCCUUCACUCUACUAGACGCGGGGUUGAAGACAAGUUGUCUUGGAUUACAUCUCUUGUUGGUGGCACUGAUAACACUGUCCAGAAGGUGUAUAGUUGUGUCUUACAUAUUAGCUACUUCUUCAUUGGAAUGAUUUCUGCUAGCUUUCUACAGGUACCGUACCUGACUCGGGUAGCCCUGGUGGUGUUGGUGCCACUCAAUGCUCUGGCAGAAGUGAAGCAUGACACCAGUUUAGAUUUUUCUACACUCACUACUAUUUUGGGAUUCUGUGUAUUGG